GCAGGCCUUCAGCAAUGAAUACUGAGAAUCCAGAAUUGACUUGUACAGUUGUGUUUGAAGUCAUUGGGCAGACAGGAUCAACAGGAAAACGAGGUGUUUACCAAAAUGCUUUCCUUUCACUUUAUAGAAAUGAAUUCCGGGAUAUUCUGAUUAAGAUUGAGGUUGGAAAGUCAGUUUUCAAGUAUAUUAUGGGUGAUAUAACCAUACAUAAACGUUUUCUGAAGGAUGGGAAAGCAACCAUAUAUCUGAAAGACUACAAAGUUCAGUUGCUGUUAUCCAAUUGCCCCCCUAGUAAACUUGCAUAUUUUCUCAAAAUCCUUUCAGCAAAGCUGCAGUGUUUGAAAAAUGAAGGAAAAGUGAAAGCUCGGCAGAAGCUGCUUUCUGAUAAACCCAAAUGUUUGGAACAGAUCAGUCCACUGACUUCUAAGGAUAUAAGCACUCUACAGAAUAUUUCCAAGCAGAAAGAGAACAUUCCACUUGGUCUUGAAACUCCAAAAAGAUUAGGGAAAAGAAAAAGAGAACAAAUGAACUAUGAAGAAGAAUCCCCACAAAAACAUGUUGCUGUACAGAAGUACUUGAAUGUAGUUCAGUUAACCACUGAGCAGAAGCAUGUACUGAAAGCUGUGAUGAGUGGAAAAAAUCUGUUUUUCACAGGCAGUGCAGGCACAGGUAAAUCCUACCUGCUGAAACGAAUCAUUAGUGCUCUCCCUCCCAACCAUACGGUUGCCACAGCCAGCACUGGGAUAGCAGCUUGUCAGAUUGGAGGAAUAACUUUACAUUCUUUUGCCGGAAUUGGAUCUGGAAGUUAUUCUUUAGAACAAUGCAUUAAACAAGCUCAACGUAAAGAAGUUGCUCAGCAGUGGAGAAGAUGUCAGCAUCUUGUUGUUGAUGAAAUAUCUAUGGUAGAUGGAACAUACUUUCAGAAACUUGAGAAGGUCGCUAGAGUCGUUCGUAAUAAUGACAAACCAUUUGGGGGGAUUCAAUUAAUCCUUUGUGGAGAUUUCUUGCAACUUCCACCAGUCUCCAAAAGUAAUGAGAAUCGUUUGUUUUGUUUCCAGACUUCAGCAUGGAAAAAAUGUAUCCAGAUUAAUAUGGAAUUGACACAAGUGAAAAGACAGAAGGAUCUUAGGUUUAUUAACAUUCUAAACAGUAUUCGGCUCGGAAGAUGUCCAGAUACCAUAGCCAAGAUUUUAGCAUCUUCCUCUGACCACCAGAUUGAACAAAAUGGUAUUAAAGCAACAAGACUCUGUACUCAUAAGGAAGAUGUAGAUUAUAUUAAUAGAUCUCAGCUUCAAGAUCUUCCAGGAAAUUCCAAGGUCUUCAAAGCUACAGAUAGCGAUCCCUCUCUUUCACAGCUAAUGGACAAACACUGUCCAGUGUCAACCUCAAUAGAACUAAAACAAGACACCCAAAUAAUGCUUACAAAAAACUUGGAUGUUCAACGUGGGCUCGUGAAUGGAGCAAGGGGAGUCAUUGUUGGGUUUGAAAACAAUGUAGAAGGCCUUCCAGUUAUUAAAUUUGUGAGUGGGGCAAAGGAAACUAUUCGCUAUGAGAAGUGGACUAUUAAGGCCGGAAGUGGAAUCUAUAUAUCCCGCCGACAGUUACCAAUAAAGCUUGCUUGGGCUAUGUCCAUUCAUAAAUCUCAGGGUAUGACACUGGACUGUGUAGAGAUAUCUCUAUCUCGUGUUUUUGAAUGUGGACAAGCAUAUGUAGCUCUUUCUCGUGCUCAAAGAUUAAAUGGACUUAGAAUUAUUGACUUUAAUUCUAAAUGUGUGCGUGCAGAUCCUGAUGUCUUGAAGUUUUAUUCCCAACUACAAAAAGAUUGCAUGUUAGUACAAUCACGUUUAGAUAAUCACUUCAGACUUUAAAAAUAAAAUACAUACAUGCACAUAUAAUAAGCUUUAAACCAAGUUCAUCACUGAAAAAUGAUUGAUUGUGUUUGAACCACUUAUUAAAUAUUCAUUAACAUUUUAGCAAACUUAAUUUACAA